GAGGGGUGGCACAGAGCUGCGGAAGGGGGUACUUAGUGCUGCAGUUCCAUAUAAAUCACUAAAAGCGGCAGGCAUCAGGGCUGUCACAGCGGGUGGAGGGCAAGCCAAGUGCACAGUGCUGAGGGGUCCUGCAUAAGCAGCCCUGGGCAUAAACAGUUUUGUCUCUGGAGGAAAGAAUCUAUUUCCAGCAGCACACGCAGAAGACUUGUCUCACAAUGACAACAGUAGAAGCCAAAGCUGAAGAAGAGAAGAAAGAGCCAGAUUCAGAGCCAGCACCAGAGCCAGCACCAGAAUCCAAUUCAUCCAGUGGGAGUGGCUCCCCAGAACAGGAAGGAUUCUUUAAUCUGUUGACCCAUGUACAGAGCGGGCGUAUGGAUGAGCAACGUUGUGACAUUCAGAUCGUUCAUAGCAAGAGCAGUCCAGACCCUGAGAACAGCAACAGCCCCAGUCCACCACCAGAGAUGGAUCAUUUAAUGGAAAUGCUGGCAAACACACAGAGCCGGCGGAUGGAUGAUCAACGCGCCAGCUUUAGCUACCUCCCAGGCUUCCAGAAUAUUGAAAACAAUGCCAGCAGCAAACCAGCUUCUGGGGCCACCAAGGAAGAUAUGGCCUUGGCCUUAUCAGAAGCUGCUACUCCAGAUCUCCGUUGUCUCCAUCUUACCCAUGGAUAACUACUUCACUUUCAUCAACCGCAUCCAUAACAUGCAGCUGGAAGUUGCUACAGGAAAACUAAAAAGCCCAACUCUCAAAUCUGCCAGUGCCCAGGAUCCUAGCACCUCCUCCUAGAGUUCUCCAAGGACUCCUCUCCAAAUCUCAUG